AGUCGUGGAUACUGCUUGUGUCGUAUGAGUGUCAUUAAAACUGCUUGAGUCAAUAAAAUAUAAUUUAAAUAACAAAUAUUUUAUUUAUAAUUUUUAAGCUUACCUUGAACUUUUAAAAUAAUAAUAAUAAUAAUAAUAAUAAUAAAACAUUAAAAAUAAUAAUAAUAAAUUAAUUUUUUUUUCUCACACUAAUUUAAUUUUAAAAAAAAAACAAAAAACAAAAUGGAGGAUGAUAUUUUUUUAAAUUAAUAUUUAAAAAAAAAAAAAUUUACUAUUUGUUUAAUAAUUAAUAAUUAGGAUUUAUUAUUAAUUUAUUAAUAAUAAUGUAAUUUUUUUUUGUUUUGUUGUUAAUUCUUAUCGACUGUUCAUAAAAUAGAAUUUAAAAAAAUAUAAAUAAAUAAACAUUCAUCCCUUCCCUUGGCUUUUUUUAAUACGGAGAAAUCAUGGAGUUUAACACCUCCAUGGGAGAAAUUCACCGAUAAUUCUUCUCAUUCAUAAUCAUAACAUGUCAAACCCUUGAGUUGUUAUUAUUUAAUGUUUUUUUUUUUCUUAAGAAAAAAUACAAGUGCGAACUAAGGGUUGUCAGUUAUAAUUACAAAAAAAAAAAAAAAAUUAAAGCCAGUAACACUUUUUGUGCUAUUAUACAAAUGGAAUAGAAAAAAAAAAAACAAAGUAGAUAGGAUGGAGUCAUCAAGACAGAAUGAUAAACAAUUUGGUCUAAUUAAUUUGUUAAGACAACGAGAAAUUCAUGAACGUUGUAAUUAUACACUACCACAAAAAUUGCAAGUUACGGAAAAUUUUAUAUCAAGAUUAGGACUUGAGGCUGAGCUUGCUGGACACUCAGGAUGUAUUAAUUGUCUUGAUUGGAAUGAAACUGGAGAAAUUCUUGCGUCGUCAUCAGAUGAUUUAAAAUUAUGUUUAUGGGAUCCAUUUCGUCGUGAAUUAAAAUCACAACAUCGUACUGGUCAUGAUGGAAAUGUUUUUUCAAUUAAGUUUAUGCCAAAAUCAAAUGACAGAGUAUUGAUAACUGGUGCUGGUGAUAAUUGUGUUAUUGCACAUGAUAUAUCAGUACCUGGUACAAUAUUUCAUUGUCGUUGUCAUACUGGUAGAGUCAAAAGAAUUGCAUGUGAAAAUUCACCACAUUUAUUUUGGUCUGGAUCAGAAGAUGGUACUGUUAUGCAAUAUGAUUUACGAACAACUCAUUAUUGUAAACCAAAUAGAGGUGAUAAUUAUCGUGUACUUGUUGAUCUUGUUAAUCAUGCUGGUAGAAAAGCUGAAGUUAAAUGUCUUGCUGUUAAUCAAAUGAGACCAGAAUUAAUAGCUGUUGGUGCUAAUGAUCAAUAUGUACGUCUUUAUGAUCGUAGAAUGAUUAAACUUGGUAAAGUACCUGAAUCAGCAACAACAAUUGGUGAAUGGGCAAGAGUUAGUCCUGAAACUGCUGGUAAAGGUGAUCCAGAUAAUAAUAUACCAAUUCCUUGUGCUCAAUAUUUUAUACCAGGACAUCUUCGGUCAAUUAAAUAUCGUGAUACAUUAAAAAAUUAUGCAGCAACAUAUGUUACAUUUUCAAGUGAUGGUAAUGAAUUACUUGUUAAUAUGGGUGGUGAACAAAUAUAUUUAUUUGAUAUUAAUAAAGAUAAAGAAUCACAAAAUUAUCAAUUUAAUGAUAAUGUGCCAAAAAUAUCAAUUGAUAAUACAAAUUGUUCAAUACAAAAAGGUUUAUUAAAUGGUAGAAUAUUUGGUCAUCGUUAUUAUUCAGCUGGUAUUGAUCCAAUUGAUAUGACUGAUGAUGAAUUAAAAAAAUCAGCUUAUGGUUUUGAUAUGAAUACAUUUGAUUUAUCAUCAAUGAAUAUUGAUAAAUUACCAGAUAAUAUAGAAAUAAUGAAACAAGAAGCUAAUUGUAAAUUUCAAGAAAAUCAAUAUGCAUUAGCAAUUAGUAUUUAUAAUAAAGCACUUUUACAUUGUCCAAAUUCAGCUGUUUUAUAUGCAAAUCGUGCUGCAGCAUUUAUGAAAAGAAAAUGGGAUGGUGAUAUUUAUGCUGCAUUACGUGAUUGUCAAACAACAUUAUUACUUGAUCCAAAUCAUGUUAAAGCACAUUUUCGUCUUGCAAGAUGUUUACAUGAUAUAUCAAGACAUAUUGAAGCUAAAAAAGUACUUGAUGAUUUUAAUGAUAAAUUUCCAGAUUAUAGUAAUAAUUCAUCACAUCGUGCAUUAAGAAUGGAUAUUAAACAAAUUAUGUCUAAUAAUACACCAAGACAAAGUUCAUCAACACAACCAUAUCAUAAUUUAAUAUCAUCACAUGAAAUGCACUGGCGUGAAAGUCCAAUUGAUUAUAAAUUAAGAUAUUGUGGACAUUGUAAUACAACAACAGAUAUUAAAGAAGCUAGUUUUUUUGGUGAUAAUGGACAAUACAUUGUUGCUGGAUCAGAUGAUGGUUCAUUUUUUAUAUGGGAUAGAUAUACAACAAAUAUUGUCAGAAUAUUACGUGGUGAUGAAAGAAUUGUUAAUUGUUUACAACCACAUCCAUUAACAUGUCUAUUAGCAACAAGUGGAAUUGAUCCUGUUAUAAGACUUUGGGGACCAUUACCAGAGGAUGGAAAAGAAAAUGAACGUGAAGUAUCAAAUCUUUAUGAGGCAGCAAAAGCAAAUCAAGAUCGUAUGAAUAGUGAUCCAUUUGAGCAAAUGAUGAUGAGUAUGGGAUAUCAUUUACCUGGUCAAUAUGUUGUUAGUGUUGGUGAUGAUAGUGAAGAUGGAGAUGAUGCUAGAACGAUAAAUCCAGCUGGAUGUCGUAGCAGUUAGGUCCAACACCAUUGGCAAAUUUAUAAACAGCUAGUGAUACUUCAGCAGCAAGUUUAUCAACAUCAACAGAAUUUUCACAUUCAGCAUAUACUCUGACAACAUCUUCAGUUCCUGAUGCU